AUGCAGGGCUACACCUUCCUCUGGAGAAGUGAGGAAUUAUGGCAAGUCUUGCAAAGGACACAGAAAUUUCACAACUGGUUUAGCAAGUUGCAUGAUCAGCAAGCCUCGCAACUCAGCGAAGCCUGGAAGGUCCGAGUGGCCGUCCAUUUUAUUAGACGUGAAGAUUAUCGAGGCCAACAAACCUCGGUGCUCUGCCUCUCGUUUCGCCGUGACGCUGCAGACUAUGCACUUAUGAUCGAGCAAUUGCAAGCCUACCUGACUGCAUGUGCCGAGCUGUUGGAGUACUGCCUGUACCUUCGAUCCUUCCCCGCCCUGGCCGCUGGGCUGCUUGCCCGGGACGCAGAUGAGAAGUCACGAGGUUGCAUCCUUGACGAAGCGAAGAAGGAGUGGAGUGCAGUCCAGGAGCUGGAAGCAUCGACGGCGGGCCAGCAGUUGCUCAGGCAGUCUGCUGUCCACACGACCUUCCAAAGCUACCGCGAGGUCAUGUGCACAAUGGAAGGAAGUGGAUUCAAGUGGACACCUUCAGUGGAGGAGGUUGUCAGAGCAUGGCACCCGCCAUUCGGCCAGUCAGCAAACCUUGAGCAGGUGUUCCAACAGAUGGAGCAGUCGAUACGAAAGAGCGGGGUUCCUCCAGAUGGCAGGCUCGGUGGCUUGAGCUGUGUGGCAAUUCGGGCCUUCCUGAGAAGGGUCUGCAAUGACGAAGACACCCCCUCCACUCCAACUCUGGAGGAUGGGGAUUGGGAGGGAAAGCAAGUCCGGGCCUUGAAGCACCGGAUAUGGAACCCCGCCGCUGCAACCCCUUGUCGAAGUGUGAAGCUCGAGGAGGUGCUGAAGCCCUUCCCGUCCACAUCCGCAUAUCACUUGACUCAUCAUGGGCUGAACUGCAUGCUUGCAUGGAAGAAGGUUUGUGAGUGGCCCGACUUCAUGUGGUACAGGAAGGAGCUGUGCCCCGUAGACGCCGCGAGCAGCUUUUGGGUGGCCAGCUGCAUGCCAGCCGGAACAAUGUUUCGUGUGGCAUCCAAGUUCUAUCUCAGCAUCAGCCGAACUGCAGCUGUGGUUCAUGCUAUCUGUUUGGCAGAGCUUCCCUACGUGUUCCAGGGAACACUUCCAGAGGCAGCGACGCAUGAUGAGGAUUCCACUACGUGGAUCAAGCAAGCCAGUGUCCCAAUGAUGGACCCCUUCGCCUUCGAAUCCGACGACUCGAAAGCUCUGGUCUUUAGUUACGGUUCGAAGAUGUUCGAUGCAUUUCACUUCUCGAGCUCUGAAGUGCAGAUCUACCGCUACACGCUUCAUGUGUUGGAGCCUUCGCUGGAAGCAAAACUUCCUGGGUUUGUGUUUCGCCGGGAGCCCGGAGGCGCUUGCCUCCUGCUGUUCCUUUUCCGGAACGGAGGAAUACUUGAUGUUUCCUCGGAUGCAUUGAGCGAGCUGUUGGCCCUGGAGGGAAUGCGGCUGCCCAAAAACGCCACCAAGUCUGCAAAGAUUCGGAAGCUGAUGACAGCAUCAAUCGUUGCCCAGAACACUGAUGAGAGCCUUCGAUCCAGCAUCGAAGAUCGGCUGAAAGCGAGGGAUGAGGCCAACAAGAAGAGAAAAAAAAUGGAGAGGGUCAAGACAACGGUGAAGAGAUGGGACGACAGUCACGAGUUUGACCCGACGGAUGUGGACCCGGCUUGUGCGGCCGCACAAGAGCUGCUGAAUGCCUUGGACAAGGAAGAUGAAGAGGCCGAGCUCAUGGCAGUAACUGGGCUGCAAUUGCUCGGCGAUAUGCAUCUUUCGAGAUUGCACCCUAGAACACACGAGCCCAUCCAGCAUGUCACUCUGACUCUCCUGUUUUGCGCUAAAGUCAUUCAUGCGAAGGAAGCAGAGCAGCCGGCAGAACAGGAGGCAGAGCAUCCGGCAGAAGAGGAGACGGCAGAGGCCAAGGAGUCCAGGUUGCGGGCUUCGAGGGCUCUCCUGACGAAGAGUUCAGCCGUGCCUGAGUUUCUGACGAGCAAGUUUCCGAUUCCUGCCUGGGGCCUGAUUCAUCAUACCAUCUCGAAAGACGGAAGCAGCCCUCUCUUCCAAGCAAAGCUUGGAGGCAAGGAAAUCUUCGAGGGAAAGAGCCUUGAUUGA